AUGGCGCCGACGAUGCGGCUGCUCGCAGCGGUGGUGCUCGUGAUGUGCGUGUCGCACGGCACGGCUGUGGAGGAUGUCCGCCUCGGAUUCCUGCUGCCAUUCCCUGACGGUGACUCCGCAGUGCCAGCUAGGCUUGCCGACGAGUGGAUUUCAGCGGCGCGCAUAGCGGUUGACGUGUUGGGAAGGCAGUACCGGCACCUGGUGCGCGUGAAACCGUUCAUCGCCAACUCCAACUGCAACCAGCAGGCCGCCGCUGACGCCGCUGAGAAACUGGUGGAGGAUUUGGUGGUGGGCGUGGUGGGCCCCGCGUGCUCCGAGGCGGUGAAGGGCGCGAGCCAGGUGCUGCGCUCGCGCUACAUCCCGCUCGUGUCCUUCGCCGCUACAGCCGACACCUUCUCCGGGGACCUUUACAGCACCUUCUUCCGCACCGUGUACAGCGAUCGGUUCCAAGCCAAGGCCAUUCAGGACGUGAUAGGGCAGUACGGGUGGACGAACAUCUAUCUGUUCUACUCCGACGAGACCUAUGGGAAUAACCUCAGGGACGACAUUCAGAAGUACGCGCAGCGCAGGGAGCUGGGGUCCACAACGAUCCGCGUACCGUACCCGCCGCCCUCCACCAUGUACGAGUGGAAGCAGUUCUUCUACGUCAACGGCCGCCUCAUCACGGCCAAUGACUCCACUGUUGUCGUCUUCGCCGCCCUGCCUAACGUCGUUGAAGGGCUCUGGCGCGCUGCCUACGACCUUGGUCUGCUGGGCUAUCCCUGGUGGUACCUCGUGUCUGACGGAGGCACGACGUUUGACCUCGUGGGCAUUGACAAGGCGUCAGUGCCACUGGGGUCAGCCCUGCAGGGCGAGCUGGGCAUCAGCCCUUACCGCGGCAAGGCGGACACGGACGCAGCAUCGCCCUUUGAGGAGUUUCGUGCGUACUGGCAGCAGCAGCAGCACAGCGAGUACCCGGGGCUGCUGACCCUGCCGGUGACGCCGCGCUUUGAGCAGCCGCGGGCGUACGUGCUGCACCUCAUCGACGCCAUCUGGGCCUUCUUCAAGGCCUUUGAAAACAUCCUCGUCGUCCAGCGCCAAUCGGGCAUCACGCCGCGGCUGGUGCUGGAGGUGUUCAAGAACCGCACGGGCAACGGCAUUCACUUCAAGGGCGUCACGGGGCCCGUGUCCUUCAACCCUGACACGGGCGACCGCAACCAGGACCUCAAGCGCGCUACCUUCGCUCUUAACAACCUCGCUGGCGUUGGCUGGAAGGAUGUGGCGCCAUGGCAGCACACGGGGGGGGACUCCUUUCAGAAGCCUGAGCUGGUCCUGCGACCUGGCCCGCUGCCUGAGGGGGUUACCCUGCCUGAGGGCCAGCAGAUUGCUGCCCCCUACUCCGUGCCGGAAGAGCUGCAGAGCGCGGUCCCAAGCACAUCCGGGUCUUCUUCUAAUGAGACGCUGGCGCAGUGGGUGGCAUCUGAGACAGGAAGCAGCAGCAAUGCAGGGUGGAUAAUUGGAGGGCUCAUUGUCAUUCUUGUCGCGCUCCUGAUCUUUGGCUGGGCGCUGUGGAGGGCCGGUCGCAAGCGCCGCCACCCUGAACACAGCCAGUUUGCUCGUGUGGUUUAA